CCUCAGGACCAAACAUGGGAACCAGAGGAAUCCAAUCCACAUUAUGGCUCAUCAACCUGGUGCUGCUGACCAACACACUCCCUCAGACUAUCACCAUCAUCCCAUCUCUUCAGACACUGAGCCUGGGUUCAGCUAAUGCAGACCACAUUGGCCAAGUGUGCACGACUUGGGGACACUAUCACUGGAAGACGUUUGAUGGAAAUUUCUUCCACCUGCCCUCCACCUGUAACCAUAUUGUGGCCUCCCAGUGUAAGAACAGCUACGAAGAUUUUAACAUCCAGAUGAGGCGCAAGAAAGUCAACAACAUCCCCACCAUAAGCAACAUCAUCAUGAAGCUGGAUAGUUCUGUGGUGGAGUUCUCCAACAGCUCAGUGAUUGUGAAUGGCCAGACGGUGUCUUUGCCAUUUGUCACACUUGGGGUGACUAUUAAGGGGACCACAUCUAGUAUCUCUGUCGAAGCUAAGAUGGGAAUUAGAGUUAUCUGGAACCUGGACGACUCCCUGGAUGUCGAAAUAGAUAACAAAUUCCGGAACCAGACAUGUGGACUUUGUGGAAACUUUGACGGUGUUUCCAAUGAUUUCAUGAAAGACGGACUUAUGCUGUCUCUAACCGACUAUGCUGAUACCUGGAAGAUGGACGGGCCAACAGAGACUUGUGAGGAGCCUGUGCUCAACCCAGUCCUGAGCUGUGGCGAUAAGCCAUUCUGUGACCAGAUCUUCUCCAGUGCUUCAUUUAAUAGUUGCCAAAACCUUCUGGAUGUUGAAUCCUUCAGUAAAGUCUGUAUGGCUGAUAUGUGCAACUCUAAAGAAAACAUUGACUCUGCCCUCUGCAAAACCAUCUCAGAGUAUUCCAGAGAGUGUAUCCAUGCAGGUGGCCAGCCCCAACAAUGGAGGAAUGCAACCUUUUGCUAUAUUAAAUGUCCAUACAACAUGGAGUUCUUGGAGUAUAGCAGUUCAUGUACUGACAGCUGCUCCACCCCUCAGGCCAGCCAGACAUGUCACAGUCACUACAGUGAUGGCUGCCGCUGCCCUGCCGGAACGGUCUUUGAUGACAUUAGUAACACUGGCUGUAUCACAGUGGAUCAGUGUCCAUGUCUGCACAACAACAAUGUCUACAAGUCAGGAGAGUCCUACUCUUACACUUGUGGAUCAUGUGUUUGUGAGAGUGGCCAGUGGACAUGCAAGGAAGAGAACUGUCCAGGAACCUGCUCUGUGAAGGGAGGAGCCCACAUCAGCACCUUUGAUGGAAAAGUCUACACCUUCCAUGGGGACUGCUCCUACGUGCUGGCUAAGCAAGAUAAUGGCUCCUUAUACACUGUGCUGGUGGAUCUGGUCAAGUGCGGUAUGGCUGACAGUAGGACCUGCCUCAGAGCUGUAACUCUGAGUUUAUACAGCAAUUCUGUGGUUGUUAAAAUUCAGGCAUCCGGGCAGGUCUACGUGAACCAGAUUCUUUCUCAGCUUCCACUGUUUACACCGGAGCUGAGUGCCUUCAGUCCAUCAUCCUUCUACAUCCUCAUAAGCCUAAAGGUGGGAAUUCAAGUGAUGGUCCAACUGUCCCCCAUGAUGCAGGUCUUCCUCUCAGCUCAACCUUCACUCAAAGGAACCACCUCUGGUUUGUGUGGAAACUUCAACGACAUAAUGAGUGAUGACUUCAGGGUGAUUAGUGGGCUGGUGGAGGGCACUGCUGCGGCGUUCGCCAACACAUGGAAAACUAGAGCUAGCUGCCCCGACAUUACAACGCACUUUGGACACCCCUGUCGCCAAAGUAUCAGCCAGGAGAGUUAUGCCAAGUACUGGUGCUCUAAACUUGCGGAUCCCAAGGACGUGUUUUCUCCUUGCCACUCUGUCAUUAGCCCCAACAUUUACCGAGAUAACUGCAUGUAUGACAGCUGUAACUGUGAGAUAAGUGAGGACUGUAUGUGUGCUGCAGUCUCCUCCUAUGUAUAUGCCUGUGCGGCUGCGGGAAUCCAGCUCACCGGCUGGAGAGCAACCAUCUGUGGCAAAUUCAGUACAUUGUGUCCAGCAGAGACAGUGUAUGACUACAACAUGACCUGCUGCAGUCGUACCUGCCGUUCUCUCAGCCAGGCUGACUACUCCUGCCAGACCACCUUCACCACAGUGGACGGCUGUGGCUGCGCCGAGGGAACCUACAUGAACGAGGUGGGGCAGUGCGUGUCCAGUGACAGCUGUCCCUGCUACGAUAAAGACAUCAUUAUUCCUCCUGGACAGGUUGUCAGCAAAGAUGGCUUCACAUGUGUCUGCAGACAUGGGACUCUCAGCUGCUCAGGAGGGGCAAAUCUACUACUAUCCUCACCAUCAUGUGUUGCCCCCAUGGUUUACUUUGACUGCUCCACUGGUCAACCUGGGGCCACUGGGACUGAGUGUCAGAAGAGCUGCAGCACCCUGGACAUGGCUUGUAUCAGUACAGGCUGUACAUCUGGCUGCAUGUGCCCUGAUGGCCUUGUGUCAGAUGGAGCCGGAAGCUGUAUCAACGAGACCAGCUGUCCAUGUCUGCACAAUGGACAGGUUUAUCAACUUGGGCAGACACUGAGUGUGGACUGCAACACAUGCUACUGUAAUGAAAGGAAGUUCACAUGUACCACCAAUGUGUGUGAUGCAGUUUGUGGGAUUUAUGGUGACGGUCACUACGUCACAUUUGAUGACAAGAGGUUUGACUUCAACGGAGAGUGUGAAUACACACUCCUACAGGACUACUGUGGCACCGGACAGAGCAAUGGAAGCUUCAGAAUUAUCACUGAGAAUGUUCCCUGUGGAACCACAGGAACCACCUGCUCCAAGACUAUCAAAAUCUUCCUAGAGGAUAAUGAAUUCCAACUUAAAGAUGAGAACUUCCAAGUGGUAAAGAGCAACAGCCAGGUGAUCCCUGCUCAGGUACACAAGAUGGGUAUUUACCUGGUGGUGAUGAUCAAACCGGGACUUGUGCUCAUGUGGGACCAGAAGACCAGUCUUUUCAUUAAACUCAGCCCGCAGUUCCAGGGUCAAGUCUGUGGCCUGUGUGGAAACUACGACGGCAACAGUAAGAAUGACUACACCACACGCUCCCAGGAGACAGUGGCAGAUGUUCUAGAAUUUGGUAACAGUUGGAAGGUUUCAUCCGACUGCCCAAGUGCCCAACUACUCACUGAUCCCUGUGCCUCUAACCGCUACCGGGCAGCCUGGUCCCAGAAACAGUGUAGCAUCAUCACCAGUGUCACCUUCCAGAGCUGUCAUUCAAAGGUUGACCCUGGUCCAUACUUUGACUCUUGCGUGAGAGACUCUUGUGCUUGUGACACCGGUGGGGACUGUGAAUGUCUUUGUACUGCUGUUGCUGCAUAUGCCAAAGCUUGUAAUGAAGCUGGGGCCUGUAUUAAAUGGAGAACUCCAAAGCUGUGCCCUAUUUUCUGCGAUUUUUAUAACUCCCCUGGUGACUGUGAGUGGCACUACAAGCCUUGUGGAGCUGACUGCAUGAAGACAUGUAGGAAUCCAUCAGGAAACUGUUCCAGCCUCAUUACUGCCCUGGAAGGCUGCUAUCCACAGUGUCCCCCAACCCAGCCCUACUUUGAUGAAGACACCAUGAAGUGUGCUGCCUGGGACCAAUGUGGCUGCUAUGAUGACAUAAACAUCCAUUACAGCAUUGGAGAAAAGGUUCCAUCAAACAACUGUUACACUUGCUCCUGUACAGUCUCUGGAAUAAGAUGCAGCUACGAUGUAAACUCUUGCACAUGUUUCAUUAAUGGAAAAACCUACAAAUAUGGGGAAACAAUAUACAACACCACAGACGGGCUAGGAAACUGCAUCUUAGCUGAAUGCGGGGCCAAUGGGACCGUAACCAGAAGUAUGUACCCGUGCCUGACUACUACCACAGCAAGUCCUACAACUACCCCUUUUGCAUUUAGCACAGUUGGAAAGACAACUUCAGUUGUAACUACAUCGUUGUCAAAAAACACAUUGGGAACCACAUCGAAACCUGAAGAAACGACACCUACGAAAAAGACAACAUCAUCAGAAAAGACAACAGCAAAGAUUGUGACGACAACACCACCUACACACACCUAAAAAAAUUACCACGCCCGUAACAAGCUUCUACCACAGCGGUGGUGGAAAACAACCUCGAGCCAGGUGUUACACAAAAAGCCCUGGACAACAGUUGUGGACAUCAAA